CAUCAAUCUCUUGUUGCCUCCACUGUGUGUUCUCUCUCUCUCUCUCAUGCACUUUGAGUUGUUUUAGCAAAAAAAAAAAAAUGUUGAGGAUGGAGAGAGGUGUUUUUAUGUGGGUGUUUCUCCUUGCAGUGACCUUCUCUCUAGCAGUGGCUUAUGAUCCCCUGGAUCCAACUGGGAACAUCACACUCAAAUGGGAUGUUAUAUCAUGGACCGCUGAUGGAUACGUUGCCGUGGUUACGAUGAACAACUUCCAAAUGUACCGGCACAUCAUGAGCCCGGGUUGGAGCCUGAGUUGGAGUUGGGCUAAGAAGGAGGUGAUCUGGUCCAUGGUGGGUGCGCAGGCCACAGAGCAAGGGGACUGCUCCAAGUUCAAGGGCAACAUCCCCCACUGCUGCAAGAAGACACCCACAGUUGUGGACCUGCUGCCGGGGGUCCCUUACAACCAGCAGAUCGCAAACUGCUGCAAGGGCGGCGUCGUCGCCUCCUACGGCCAGGACCCCGCGUCAGCCGUCUCCUCCUUCCAGGUCAGCGUCGGCCUCUCCGGCACGUCCAACAAGACCGUGAAGCUGCCGCAGAACUUCACGCUGCUCGGGCCCGGCCCCGGGUACACCUGCGGCCCCGCGAAGAUCGUGCCGUCCACCGUCUUCUUCACCCCCGACCACCGCCGCAAAACUCAGGCACUCAUGACCUGGAAUGUGACCUGCACCUAUUCACAGCCCCUGGCAUCCAAGUACCCAACCUGCUGUGUUUCCCUCUCAUCCUUCUACAACAGCACAAUCACUCCCUGCCCCUCCUGCUCCUGUGGUUGCCAAAACAAGAACUGCAUCCAGAGCGACUCGAAACAGCUGAGCACUGCGGGGAUCAACACGCCGAGGAAGGACAACGCGCCCCUCCUGCAGUGCACCCAGCACAUGUGCCCGAUCCGCGUGCACUGGCACGUGAAGCUCAACUACAAGGACUACUGGCGGGCGAAGAUCGCCAUCACGAACUUCAACUACCGCCUGAACUACACGCAGUGGACGCUCGUCGCGCAGCACCCCAACCUCAACAACAUCACCGAGGUCUUCAGCUUCGACUACAAGCCCCUCGUCCCUUACGGCUCCAUCAACGACACGGGGAUGUUCUACGGGAUGAAGUACUACAACGAUCUCCUCAUGGAGGCCGGGCCCCUCGGGAACGUGCAGUCGGAGGUGCUGCUCCAAAAGGACGCGAACACGUUCACGUUCAGACAAGGGUGGGCGUUCCCUCGGAAAGUUUACUUCAACGGCGACGAGUGCAUGCUGCCGCCGCCCGACUCCUACCCCUAUCUGCCUAACUUUGCAUCAGCGAAUGCAGCGGCGGCAAUAUACCGACUCGCUACUUCCGCAGUCCUGCUGCUCCUAAUGGUGUGAACAUGAGCCAAAGGAGAAAACUGGGUUUCGCAUUUUUUGGUGUAGAUAUAAGAAAGAAAUAUGGAUACAGCAGUUUCAGAAAUGGUUGUUACAAGGACAGGAAUGCCAAAGAAUGAAACAGGGUGUUAAGAGAACUGCGAUCGUAAAGUCGUUAUGUUUUGCUGAUCAUUACAUUAUCCCACAAACUUUGCAUCUAAAUGAAGCAUUAUGAAGUUUAAAA